UGUCUCGGCAAAUAUCACACGUAUCUUCAACGAUCAAAUAUAAUUAUCGAUGAGCAAUAUUAUAAUACGAGUAUCUGUCGCUGACAAUUGCUAAUUUAGCAACGAGUGCCGGAAGUGCUAUGCACGCUGGCUGCUGCUCGCAAAGAGCGCACAGUCUACAGACGACCUUCGUUCGUGUAUCAAGUAGAUAAUCGACCAAAUAGUUUAUAACACAUAAAAAAAAAGAGGAAAAAAUAUUCGUCAAAUAAUUUUGCUGUUAAUUCACUGAAACGUGAUCUCCACGCUGACAGCUUAUCCGAAACAAUUUGAUCAUUAGUGUACUGUACAAUUAAAUAUAACAAAUACAACAGUCAUUUUGCAUGCAAGAGGAUGUCAUCUCGAUCGUUGAUCUUACUGUGUGUAUUAUGUUACUGUUUCACUGUGUCGACUGCUAAGAGAAUGAAAGUGGAAGGGAAAGAAUUCGACGUGCUACCAUAUCCAGGAGACUGUACGAAAUAUUUGGUAUGUCGGAAAGGCGUGUGCAACUUAGGAAGCUGUAUGUCCACUUACGUGUUCGACCCUGCGGCCGGCACCUGUUCACAUCAAGCACGCGGAUUCGUCGAUUGUGGUCUUCGUUCGCCAAAGAAGUAUAGCCCCUCCUGGUGAAAUAGCAAGGCCGUAAAAUCAGUCGAGCAGAAAAUUAGAAAUGUUUCGACUGAGGAAACGGCGACUUAAAAGAUUUUGAGCGAGAUAUUGGGAGUGGCAUCAAUCCAUUGGCGAUGCGAGUUUAAAUCUCAAUUUCGACGAGAUUCGAAGAUUUUCAACGCUGGAAACGAAAUGCGAAUCAUUUUGUAUAUAAUUUGAUACGUGAAACUUUUUCAAGUCCUGUCGGUUUUUAAUGUCGAGUCUGGGGAUCUGAAGUUAUAUCAAGUUUUCAGUCCUCGCAGUUCUAAUGAAUCUUAAAACGUUUCAAUUGUAUAUUGUUAAUAGUAUUAUAAUAUUUAUAUUAUAUACCCAUAAUAUCGAAAAUAAAUUUACGAUAUUAUAUAAAAUAUGAUAUAUCGAAAAGGCAUGUAUACACUCGUAUAAAGUAUUAAAUGUAACCACUAAGCUUUCGAGUCUUUGAAGCUAAAUCUCUCAAAA